CGGCGCGGGUUGAGCGGGCGGGGGGUAUGUGGAUGCUGCUGGUGCUCGCGCUGGCGGCGGCCGCCUCCGCCGACUGCCCGCGCCAUUGCGAGUGCAAGUGGCGCAGCGGCAAGGAGUCUGCCCUCUGCGCUCGCGCCGGCCUCACCGCCAUCCCCCCGCGCCUCGACCCCACUACACAGUUGCUCGACCUUGCAGAAAACCGUCUCACCACUAUACGUGACGACGCCUUCGCUGAUGCUGGCCUCCUCAAUCUGCAACGCCUCUAUCUUCCAGCUUGUAACAUUCGCAGUAUACGUCAGUAUGCAUUCCGCGCACUUGUCAAUCUUGUGGAGCUUGACCUUUCACGUAAUCAACUUCACUCCAUACCAUCACAUGCCUUCGACUCAAUUCCUGAGCUUCGUGAACUUCGACUCAAUGGAAACCAACUCAUUAAAGUCAAAGACGAAGCAUUUAAACAUUUGCCUCACCUCGUGCGACUUUCACUCAGUGCCUGCAAAAUAGCGGAAAUAGAACCCCGAGGGUUCGUUGGCCUUGAAGCCUCCCUGGAAUAUUUGGAGCUUAGUAAGAAUAGAUUGCAGGUUCUACAUGUCGCAGUUUUAGCUCCGCUGCGAUUAUUAAAAGGUUUAGAGCUUGCAAAUAAUCCUUGGGAGUGUACUUGCGCUUUAAGACCGUUGCGUGAUUGGAUGAUUAGGCGUAAUGUGCCAGCAACUGUAGUGCCAGAAUGCGCCUUACCACCACGACUGAAUUCUCACUCUUGGGAUCGACUUGAUUUGGAAGAUUUCGCAUGUCUGCCCGAAGUUAGUGCCUCAUCCCAUCAUUUAAAAGGAUUAGAAGGGGAUGAAGUUACUCUGGUAUGUCGAGUAUCAGGGAUACCUGCACCUAGAGUACGAUGGGUACGCGCGGGUCGUCUUCUUGCCAACAUAACAUCUACUAAUGUCAAUUCUGGUAGAACUUUUUUGUUACGUAGUGAAGGACAAACUAGUAAUUUAACAAUUAAAUCAGCUGACUUACAAGACGCUGGUUCAUAUACAUGUAACGCAGAGAACCGAGCAGGAAAAGCGGAAGUGGUCUUAAGCUUAGCGAUAGAAAAAAGACCUCAAAGUAAAGGCUUCGGAGGGAGAGCAUUGAUGGCAGGAAUGGCGGUAUCUGCAGUGAUAGUUCUAAGUUCAUGUCUGAUAGGAUUGUGCGUGUACGAGGCUCGUAAGAAAAGACAGGUGGAUAGGUGGAACGAACAAAUAGUGACAUUAAACCACCGUAAUGAUAGUUACGAAAAAAUUGAUUCUAACUUUAAAAAUAACUUAGAAGUGCCGCGAGUGACACCUUCGGAAUGUACUAGCCGUAAGAGAGGUGAUUACAGGAAUGUGCCAUCCCAUGAUCCCGAGGACGAGUAUGAGGGUUACGUGAAUAGAGAAAUGCGGGAGGAUAGGGAUGCUUCAUUAACACCGCCUCUCGAGAUGAACUGGCGCAGAGCUGCCAACUACGAGACUGCCAGGACCAGAAAUGGGGUCGCAGAACGAGAUCUUCAUAUACCUCGACUUGGAGACUAUGGCAUAAGAGCGGCCGCGAACGCGGAAUCCAUGCAGAGCUCUAAUUCAACAGGGGUGUUAAGCGCUCACGUAGAGAUCUUAUCAGAAAACAAUCGGCUUAACAACAAUGUGAACAGUCGAACUUGCCCACGCCUGCAAACACGAGAUAGGCUAGAUAACGACCUCUCAGGUAGCGACAGCGAAAAAAACUAUCCUGAUCUUAUUGAAAUGAGUGCACUAGGGACAUCUUCGUACUUUAGAAGUGAAAUGAAACAUGAUCCUUACUACUUUUACACUAUACCGCGGAGAAAAGAUGGCGAUAGUCGUAGUCCACUUCUCAGUAGUAGAAGAAACAGUUCUGGUGGAGAUUCUGCUACUUUGUUUGAAAGACCAUAUGAGAAGUCUCGAAAGAGAUCAUCAUCUGGGAGGCGAUCAAAUAGCUUUCUGGAUCUCUCAACUGGCGGGAAUAGGAUACGGCGCAACCCUAGUUUGCCCGCUUCGCCAACCAGGGAACAACCUACGGUGCCGUCCGCCACACCGCUGCUUGAUUUGUCUGGGCUCCGAGAUUAUUCGCGCACUGGACAACCAAUAGAGGACUAUGACUUUCGAGCAUCACAAUUAGAAAAAUUUUUAGAAGAGUACAGAACUUUGCGUGAGCAGCUUUCUAGAAUGAAAGAGACGAGGGAACACUUGCAGAGAACAAGAGCUGGAGAGAAGGAAGAGUUCAGGUCAAUCCUGAAAGGGAAGCCUAGUGUGGCUGUGACAGAGACCUCGUCUUCAGUGGCGCUGGCGGAUGCAGCAUCCCCACUGGCGCUCAGCCCGCCUGAGUAUAAGCCACAACAGUCUACGCCUGAAUGGCUUACUACGCUCCUAUAUCGUAAUUAA